UUUACCGCAAACCACUUAUAUACUGUUCCUAUAAAUAAUAGCUUGUGGAAGAACAAAAUAUUCAUCACACUAGUGACUAUCAAAAUCAGUUCUCCUUCAAUGAAUUCUACACAUUUAAUUGAAGAGCAAUCAAAGGAUGGACAAGAAGAAAACCAACAAGACAAUAAGCAGGUGAUCCUCUCACUUCCUAAAGAAAAUGCAUGGAUAUUGUCCCAAAAUUUAUAUUUUCAAUGUUUUUGGUGUCCAUCAAAUUUGAUCCAACCUAUAAUCUCUUUUCAAAAUCAUUUUCAAGCCAAAGAUAGUGAUAUUGUUGUUGCAAGCUUACCAAAAUCAGGCACCACUUGGUUGAGAGCACUUACAUUUACAAUUGUAAAUCGCAAUCAAUACUCCUUUGAGAAUCAUCCAUUACUUAAAUCCAUUAUACAUAAACUAGUGCCUUCCAUUGAACGUAAUCUUUAUGCUGCUGAUAUGAAGGACCAAAUUCCUAUAUCAAAAAUAAUUGAACCAAGGAUAUUUGGGACUCACAUUCCAUUUUCUUCACUUGCCAAGUCGAUUCAAGAGUCUAAUUGUAAGAUAGUUUAUAUAAGUAGAAAUCCAUUUGAUACUUUUGUGUCAUUUGAUACUUUUGUGUCAUGCUUGAUCCUCAUUGUUUGGUGUUUUGAUGUAUUUGGCUGGUUAGAUUUAAGUUUGAUGUAUUUCACGUAUUUCUCUUUAUAUAUAUUGCCAUUAAAAAAUAGUGUAUGCUAGAUUAAAUAAAUCAGUUGAAUGUAAAAGUGUGUUUAAUGACCUGGUUAAUGGUUUCUUUUGAGCUUUCCUAAA